AUGAGCAUCGAAGAAAGGGCUGUUUUGGCGAAGGCGACGGCGACAGUGGAGAUACGAGCUAGGUUUACAUCCCUCAUCACCUUUUUUUCUACAUUGUCAGAAACGUCGAAGGAGCGCCUGUCGUUGUGUUUGAGAGAAGAGGAUUUCAGGUCUGAUUUUUCGAGCAGAGGAAUACUUUUCAUUACCGCCGACUUACGGAACCCCCUUCGCGAAACAACCAUGUCGGAGACAACCACCAAGCCAGAGGAGCCGAUCCCGGCCGCUGAGCACGAACAAGACGGCGAGAUGGCGGGAACAGAGGAGGAAGAAAUUUCGGCCAUGAAGCGUCGCGUAGCUGAGAUGGAAGAGGAGGCAAACAAGCUCCGGGAGAUGCAAGCCAGCCUGGAGCAGCAGUCGGCCGGCCUCGCCGACGACAAGGAGUCUGUGGACUCGCGCAGCAUCUUUGUCGGCAACGUCGACUACUCCGCGUCGCCCGAAGAGAUUCAGGCGCAUUUCCAGAGCUGCGGUUCCAUCAACCGAGUGACGAUACUCCUGGACAAGUUCUCUGGACAGCCAAAGGGAUAUGCCUACGUCGAAUUCACGGAACCCAGCCUCGUCGCGCAGGCCCUCGUCCUCAACGAAAGCGUCUUCAAGGGCCGCAACAUCAAGGUGACGCCGAAGCGCACCAACGUUCCCGGCAUGGGCCGUGGUCGCGGCCGCGGCGGCUUCCGCGGCGGCAGAGGAGGGUUCGGCCGCGGCGGCGGCUUCCCUCCCCGGGGAGGGUACAGAGGUGGUGGCCGCGGCCGCGGUCGGGGCUACGCGCCUUACUAG